CCUAGGUGGUUAUAAAUGAUUUUUUUUUUCUAAAGUGAAGGUAAAAGUAGUUGGUGUGUAAAUAUGAAAAGUGAUGUUAUGAAUAUGAUAUUUUUGACAAAUUUUCAUCUUUUAUAUGUAACUGUCUCUAUGCCCAGCGAAUAUGGUCUCUAAUUUGGUUUAUUAUAACUUAUUAUCUUAUACUUUAUGUUUGGGUUAAUAUAAGUUAUCCUAUUGAAUUGAUUUUAGAUUUACAAAUUAUUAAAUUGCUUCUUAUGCUGUCAUGUAAAGUAAAUUGACAAGUUUUUUUUUUAAUUGAUACAUAAAGUUACAACUUUUUAAAUGUUUUUCAAUUAUAUAUAGGAGAUAUUUAUAUGUAGGAUGAACUAACUUUUCAAAUUGCAAAUUUACCUUUUAGAUAACUAUGCAUCCAAUUUUACCUAUUUAAAAAUAAUUCACCGACCUACUCAUGUAAUUAUCGCGUAACUUUUGAUACCUCUUAUGCUAAUAUUAUACUUAUCUUAUCGUUUGUAACAUAAACAAAUCAAAUUUAUGCUUUUUCAAAUAUAUUUCGAGUAGACUUUGACUAUUAUAAAACAGAAUUUUCGUGCCAAAGAUUCUGACUUAACUCAAAGGGGAUUGAUUACGGUUAAUCAACUUUUGUCUGGGUCCUCUCUCUAAACAAACUUCUAGUAAGAAGCCAAUAGAGAUUAUACAACAGGAUUGAUUGCUUAAGAUGUCGAUGCCAUGCGCUGCUUGCAAGUACCUGAGGAGAAAAUGCACACAAGCCUGCGUGUUUGCACCUUACUUCCCACCUAACAAACAGGAAGAUUACGCAGCGAUCCACAAGGUAUUCGGAGCAAGCCAAGUGGCUAAAAUUCUCAACGACCUUCACCCAAGCCAGAGACAAGACGCCGUGACCUCUCUCGUUUACGAGGCACAAACUCUUCUUCUUGACCCGGUCCAUGGCUGUUCUCGUCACGUUUACAACCUCCAAAAUCAGCUUAAAGACCUUCAGGACCAACUUCAAAUCGCCAGGAACGAGCUUGUCUCUUACAAUAAUAUCAUCCCAUCGCUUGACCUACCUCCUCCGAUUACGUAUCAGCAAAACCAUCAAAACCCUAUGUUGAUGCCUGUUGUGUCUAAUUAUGGUGGCCCGUUAACUUCUGAACAGUUACGCGAAGAGGCUCAUCGGGUUGAAUCUGAAAGAAGCGCUCAAGUGCCGCAAAUGCAGCCAAACGCAGCACCCUCAAAGAGGGAUGACUGUCCAUGACAAAAAGAUACCAUCAAAGGUAUAUAUCAUGUAAAUAGUUUUGAUGGUAAUGUCGGACGCUUCAUAUAAAAAAAAAUCAUGGUUUUUGUUUCAUUUGUUAAAGAAAAAACUUCAUAAUUUAGGACAAGCGUGAUCUCUCUAAUAUUCUAAUAGAAGAUGGUUGUUU